UACGCUCUGAUUCAGUACAAGAUGAACUAAUUGUAAUACAACAGGAUGAUCGAUUUGACAUGAAUGAUCAUGAUGAGUUCUUGUAUCAUGUUGGCAAGCUCAAAGAGAUUAUUAAAACAAAAUUUGGUGCUGAUCAAGAGAAUUUACCAGAACACAUCAGGUUUACAGUAGACAUAGAAUUGGAAGAAGAGUUAAUUGAUCAGCAAUCAGUCAUGGAUCACAAAUCUGAUCGACAAAAACAAUAUUACAACAAUUUAAUUGGUAUGAUUGUGACUCUGUUAGAGGAUGGGUCGCGAUAUUACUGGGAGAUCAGGAAAGUUUACUAUGGAGAAAAGAAUAAUGUUCAUAAUGGAGUGGUUACGGCAUUUCUUAGAUGCACGCAAAGAAAUGAUUGA